AUGGUCGCCGAAACGAAACUCUACGAUGCCUUAGGCGUGUCGCCGACGGCUACUCAAGAUGAAAUCAAGAAGGCUUACAGGAAGGCCGCCCUGAAGUGGCACCCUGACAAGAACAAAGACAACCCUAGCGCAUCCGAGAAAUUCAAGGAAGUGUCACAAGCCUACGAAGUCCUCUCAGAUCCCGAGAAACGAAAGGUAUACGACCAGUAUGGCCUGGAGUUCCUGCUACGGGGAGGUGCACCACCACCAGAAGGUGCAGAGGGUGGCAUGCCUGGAGGAGGCUUCCCAGGCGGUAUGCCUGGGGGAUUUCAAGGCUUCGGUGGCAUGCCAGGUGGUGGCGCCCGCAGCUUCCACUUCAGCACAGGUGGUGGACGCGGGGGCUUCUCAUUCUCAGACCCUGAAGACAUCUUCAGCUCCUUUACCAGUGGCGGCGGCGGCGGUGGUCUCGACCAAGAAGAUUUCAUCAACAAUGUCUUUCGACAAUCAGGUGGCAACCGGAGAGGAACAGGCAACUUCCGGCCUCCACGACCGCAAACGCCUGAAGUCACCGUCUUGGAGAAAGACCUCCCGAUUUCGCUAGAGGAAUUAUACAAAGGCUGCCAAAAGAAGAUGAAGGUCAAGCGUAAGAUCUUCGAUCCCGCAACUGGCCAACGCCGCACUGAAGACAAGAUAUUGGAAAUGACCAUUAAACCUGGUCUCAAAGCCGGAUCAAAGAUCAAAUUCCCUGGAGUCGGGGACCAAACCGAGGAAGGCGGUACCCAGGACCUCCAUUUCAUCAUUAAAGAAAAGCCGCAUCCGACCCUCCAGCGGCGAGACAACGACCUCGUCAUGAAACUUGACGUAGACCUGAAGGACGCCCUGACUGGCUGGUCGAAGGCUGUUACCACGAUUGACGGCAGGCAAUUGCCCGUCAGAGGAGCUGGUCCUACUGCCCCCGGCUAUCAAGAAAGGUUUCCUGGUCUCGGCAUGCCAAUAAGCAAGAAGCCGGGCGAGAAGGGCGACUUCGUCGUGGAGAUUAACGUUGUCUUCCCUAAAUCGCUGACCGCGGCACAAAAAGCAAAGAUCAAGGAAGCGCUACCCUGA